GCGGGACAUUGUGCGUUUCCCUUGCAGCGCGGACCGCCGCCGCCGCCGUGCAGGAGAGAGAUCUGUGUUUCUCAGCUCCAGCAACUGCUUCCAGGGACGCGGUAGCCAAGCCUGAGGCGGACAGCUCUAGAUUGGAAAGGUUAAAGUUCAUGAGUUCGGCAGGCGCCCGGGUGCCGGACCAGCGGGAGCAGCCCGCGGCGGAGGACUGGGACGGGGCCGCCACCACCGCCCGCGCUGGGCCACCCCACCGGGCUUUCUCCAACGUCACCUGGAACAGCAUCCAGCACGGGGUGAUUGCCGUGUUUCAGCGAAAAGGCCUCCCGGAGCACGGACUCUACAACCUCAACGAGGGUGUCAGGCAGUUACUGAAGACAGAGCUGGGGUCGUUUUUCACGGAGUACCUGCAGAACCAGCUGCUGACCAAGGGCAUGGUGAUCCUCAGAGACAAGGUCCACUUUUACGAAGGCCAGAAGCUGCUGGAUUCACUGGCGGAAACCUGGGAGUUUUUUUUCGGCCACGCCUUGCCGACGCUGCAGGCCAUUUUCUACCCAGUGCAGGGCAAGGAGCCCCCUCUGCGCCAGCGGGCCCUGCUGCACUUUCGGGACAUCAUCGCCCUCAACGUGCGGCUGGGCGACGCCCUGGCACGACCCCGCGCCCGAGUGCCCCCAGCUGUGGUCCAGAUGCUGCUAGUCCUCCAGGGAGUGCAUGAGUCCCAGGGUGUCACGGAGGAGUACCUGAAGCUGGAGACGCUGGUGCAGAAAGUAGUUUCCCCCUACCUGGGCACCUACGGACUCUACUCGAGUGACGGGCCCUUUACACACUCCUGCCUCCUGGAGAAUCGGUUCUCCCGCCGCCCCAAGCCCGGUGAGGCAUUGUCCAAGAGUGCCGUGAGCCGCUCUAAGAGCUACAACCACCCGCUGCUGAUGCCCGUCGUGGAGUUCGAGGCCGAGGGUCCGGUCCCCAGCUGCGUCCCGGCCGGCCGGAAGCGCUCCCUGUCUGAGAUGGCAUCCUGCCCAGAGCUCCAGGCCCUGCCUCGCCUGCCCCCGGCCCCGCCCGGCCCAGCCCCCGGCCCCGACCCCCCCCCAGGACCCGACCCCGGCCCUGGGCCCGGUCCGUCCUCCAGCCCCGAGCUCGCCGUGGAUCGCAUCCUGGAAUCCCUUGACUCGGAGGUGGAUGGGAUCUUCAUCGACUUCAGCCGGGGCCGGUCCGGCCCGGCAGAGGUCUGCCUGGAUGGGGGUCGGCAGAGCGUCGUGUGAAGGCGGCCCCGGCCGGACUCUAGUCCGCACCUGUGUGCACGCAGCUCGGCUGAUGCACGGAGACGCUGACGUGUGGAUGCACCGUGGGUUGGGGUGGGGGGAACAGCAGAGCACUGUGCUGGGCACCUGCUGUGGGCAGAGCACCAUA